UAUACGCCUUGGCUCCGAGUCAAGUCGGAGUUGACACCAGGCAAUUGACCAAUCACGUUACACCGUUCCUGAUGAUCUCGGACCCCUAUUAGACCGCACAUCCUCAGCGGCAUCGAGAAUAAUUGGCAUUCUUCUAGUCCGAUCGACCUCGGGAAUUGGCUUUAAGUGUAUGAGCCUUCUAGGACGAGCUCUAAAAGCCAUGUACGUAUGGACUCAGGAGGAGAGGUCGUGAGAAUACAAAUAACCCUUCACUACUUCUCUUAGUUUGUGUUUUUAGUUCUAUCCAUACUCACGCUUAACAGACAGGUUCAUAUAUCCGAUUUACCCAACUACAGACUAUUUCAGUAUUCUUAGGAAGCUUCUACGGUUUCCCAGUCCAACUUUACAAAAUGGCUAGCGAAGGCAAGACCGGGGGUGCUCGACAUGUGGUGAGAAUUGGUGUAUUCAUCCCGACGGACUGUCAGGUUCUCGACGCGGCGGCUGUCGAUAUCAUGGGGUCUCUAAGCUACGAAUACAUGAGCAUGGUAGCCUCGCUCGUCCCCCAAUCCUUCCUCGACCUCGCGCCCUCGGUGGACAUCCGGUACAUCGGCACCGUCCCAGCCGGCCAGCCCAUCCAGCUCACGGCAAACCAAGGCCUCGUGUCGACGAACCAUUACUCCGACGCCGAUGUCGCCCCCGGCAAGCUCGACAUCGUCAUGAUCCCCGGCCCGGACCCGUUCAAAGUGCUCGAGAAGAAGUCCUUGGAAUGGCUGAAGAAACAUAGUGAGACGCCCGGCGUGGAUAUCUUGAGCAUUUGCUCUGGGAUCCUGGUUUGUGGCGAGGCGGGGCUGUUGAAGGGGAAGACGGCGUGUGGACCGAGGGGCAUGCAGGAUAUGAUCCGCGCGAAGGGGUUUGGCGAGAAGGAGCUUGUGGGAGAUAAGUUGAGGUGGAUUCAGGAUGGGAAUUUCUGGUCUAGUGGUGGCGUGACUCACGGAAACGACCUCGUGGCGGCGUACUGCCGUGCCUCGCACCACUUCCCGACGCCCCUCGUCGAUGUCGUGUGCGAGAUGAUCGGGGUGGGAGAUCGUGCCCAGGCGUAUAAUAAAGAGAUGAUUGCGUUUGAGAUUCCCGGGGGAGCUGCUUAGGCUGCUGGUAUGAGUGCUUGGGUAUAUCCAUUGUUUGGAUGCGGUUUGGGAUGGGAACUCAUCCAGUGAGGGAAGGAUUGAAGUGGGAUGAAAUGAGGAUUGUUCUCAUCUUUUGUCUUCUGAAUGCUGGCAUUCAUAGUCCUGUGAGGAUGUACACCCGCGUCAUUCUUGGGCUAAGACAUAACUUUAUGGCACUGUAUCUGGUUAAGACAACUUGAAAUCGAAGGGUUCCAUUGCCAGAGACAUGGUUUGAAAAUGCU